UCAAAAGCAGACGGCACGAUGAAACCGAACGACUUAAACAUUCCACAGUACGUGCAGGACGGCAUCCGAAAAGUUGCCCAAACCCUACAGUUCAGUCAUCAAUUUACCGUGGACUACGACUUCCGUACCGAUGGUCACUACAGCUCAGCUUGCGUGUCCGUGCGUUAUCAAAUCACACUACGUGAAGAACCGCGCGAGUUGACACUGCUCUGCAAGGUACCGCCCCCGGAUGCGGAUGAUACGCUGCUGGCACUGUUCGAACGGGAAGUGUUUGUCUAUCAGCAGCUGCUGCCGACAUUCGGACAGUUCCAACAGGAGCGUGACAUUGCACCUACAUCGGCGGAGUUUGCGUAUGCGCCGAUCUGUUACUACGCCUACUACGAUCCGAAGCGUCGCGAGGGAAUAUUGAUUCUCGAGGAUGCUAGUCGACGAAUGUUCGGUAAUCGGAACAAGUACAAGCCGAUCGACUACGACCACGGGCGGUUGGCGAUGAUUCAGCUGGGAAGGUUUCACGCGGUUUCACUGAUUAUGAAAGAGCAACAUCCGAAGAUUUUUGAACGAUUUCAACGAUUGGAGGAUGUCACCGCAGAUCGGGUGAUGUCCAUGGAGGGUUUUAAGGAAACAAUGGAAUUGUCAUUCAAUCAUGCGAUUGGGACUCUCAGCGUCCACGAAACAAACAAGAAGGAUAAACUGAACAAAUUGAAGAAUUCUUUUGUGGAGGAACUGAAGACGAUUGCCGACAGUGAGUUGUCGGAGCCAUUCUGCGUUAUCUGUCAUGGAGAUUACAGUAAAAGUAACGUCAUGUACAGUUACAAUGGCGGUUUCCCGAGUAAACUGGUAAUGCUGGACUGGCAGCUAGCGAAGUACGGAUCUCCAGCGCUAGACUUCCUGCACUUCAUGUUUCUCAGUACGGACGAAUCGUUUCGUCGACUUCACUAUGACAACAUGCUGCAAACGUACCAGAAUGCACUGAGGGAUCACAUGGAGCGUCUGGGAGGGGACAAUGCGACGGAACGGUUUCCACUGACCACGUUAAUGCGAUUGAUCCGGUCGCAGGCAAAGUAUUCGGUUACGCUGGCAGUGCUACACAUACCGUUGAUGAUUACCUGUGCCGGCGAGGAAGACGACGAUGAGAUCAAGGAUGGGAAGGAACAUAACGAAAAUGGGAUCGACCGUCGGGAGAGCGGUUCCUACGAUGCCAUAUAUCAGGCUCGAAUGAAUGGUUUAUUGAAGGAUAUUUUUCGACUGGGAUAUCUUUGAGAAUAUUUAACAUUAUUUGAAGAAAGCAUGUUAUAUUCAUUCCAUCUAUUCGUCCCAUACUGGGUUUGACACAUUACGACUUACAAUAAACUACUGAUUUUUAUGAA